AGGGGCCCUAUCCAUCCAUCCACCUUCUUUAGCUUCGGUCCUUUUCUCUCUCAGUUUUGGCAUUUUUUCUUCUCAUUCAUCGUCCUGCAACUCUAAGCCCACCAUCCUGAGAACCUUCUGGCAGGCGGCAACUACGAUCUGCCUCAGAACCUUCCGGCGACUACGAUCUUCUUCGAACACCCUCUUAAAUUCAGCUCGCUCACUCUCUCUCUCUCUCUCUCUCUCUCUCUCUGUGCUGAUCUGCUCUGUUCUGCCAUUACUGGGUCUUUUUUAGAAUUCAAGUAAAAUCCUACCAUAAGAGGUAAAUAGAUAUGCAGAAGGGUACGAGUUUUUCCAGGCAUAGCAAUUGGACUGAUACGCCUUCGUCUUUGAGACUGAUCGCUCUUCAACUUUCCCUGAGACUCUUGGGUUUUUGUUCCCAUAGCCAAACACAGCCUUGACGUCUCCUGAACUUCGAUCUUCCACCCUCACCGAACGCCGUUUUCGAGUUCUCGUUGUUUUCGACUACGGCCGAGACUUCUGGAGGAACAGUAGCAGCCAGGAGAGAGGUUGGUCGUGCCUGCCCGUGGGGAUAAUUGGUAAAGCGUCAAUAAUCGAAUCGAAUGGGUUCUUGCUGUUCAUCAAUCUCAGGAAAGAGGCUCUAUAUGGAGGAAGUGGUUACAAUCGAGGCUGCUGCUGCUGAAAACUCUAGUGCGUGUGCAACUGCAGCAUCAAUGUCUUCUUCAACUUCUCCUAAUAAUAAGAAGAGUAAGAGACAUGGUUCAGGAAGGUGGAAAAAGAAAUCCUCUGCAGCUUCAUUUGAAGGUGAACUGCUCCAUCAGAUGAUGACUCCUGAGAACGGGAGGAUGGUUAUGAAUGGUGCCAGCAAAAUUGCCUGCUUAUAUACCCAGCAGGGUAAGAAAGGAACUAAUCAGGAUGCCAUGAUUGUUUUGGAGAAUUUCUGUUCAAGAAGCGAUACAAUAUUUUGUGGGGUAUUUGAUGGUCAUGGUCCUUUUGGUCAUAUGGUUGCCAAGAAAGUCCGGGACUCUCUUCCAGUUAGACUAUGUACUCAAUGGACAACUAAAUCUGGUAGUGAGCAGAGCAGCCUUUGCAAAAUUGAAAAUGCUCAUGGAAGCUUGAGCACAGAGGAAACAAAAUCUCCAAGCAUGGAUGAUGAAUGUUAUGAGACAUUAGAGGUUGAGGCCAAUGAAAACCUUCCUGAAAUGUAUAUUCCACUUAAACGGUCUAUGUUGAAGGCUUUCAAGCUAAUGGAUAAGGAACUAAAGCUGCAUCCCACAGUCGAUUGUUUCUGUAGUGGAACUACAGCAGUUACUCUGGUAAAGCAGGGUCAGGAUCUUGUGAUUGCCAAUGUCGGAGAUUCAAGAGCAGUAAUGGGAACGAGGGAUAUAGACAAUUCUUUGAUUGCUACACAAUUGACUGUGGACUUGAAGCCUGAUCUUCCAGGGGAAGCUGCUAGGAUCCAGCGGUGCAAAGGAAGGGUCUUUGCUUUGCAGGAUGAGCCAGAGGUGGCACGUGUAUGGUUGCCUAAUAAUGAUUCACCUGGUUUGGCGAUGGCUAGAGCUUUUGGGGACUUUUGCCUGAAAGAUUUUGGUUUAAUUUCCGUUCCAGACGUGUACUAUCACCAUCUUACUGAAAGAGAUGAAUUCAUUAUUCUUGCCACGGAUGGGGUUUGGGAUGUCCUCUCAAAUAAAGAAGCUGUCGAUAUCGUGGCUUCAGCUCCGGGUCGCUCGACAGCAGCCAGAGCUCUUGUAGACUGUGCUUUUCGAGCAUGGAGACUUAAAUAUCCUACUUCAAAGAAUGAUGAUUGUGCUGUUGUGUGCCUCUUUCUAGAGCAUGUACCUGCAGCCAGUGAGGCUGUAGCAGACAAUGACAUGACAAAGGCACCACAAGAGGCAAUAGAGAUGGUUGCAGUAACAGAUGAAAAGGCUAGGGGAUUGGAAGCCGAUGAUACUAAAAGUUCUGUUCUCGACCAUUCAAGUACUGUACGUGGCUCCGACGAGAUUGUGCCUGUCUCUGAGCCAGCUGAAGAAAAUCUUUCUGCAAAGUGUCAGGGUCAGUCUAAGAGGAGUCUAGCUGAGUGCAUUUCAAAUGCAGAAGAUGAGGAGUGGUCAGCCUUAGAAGGUGUUACCAGGGUUAACAGUCUGCUAAGCCUUCCCAGGUUCCCAUCUGGUAUUAAAAGAGCAACCAGUUGGAGAAAGUGGCUAUGAUACAAAUGAGGGCUUAUCAGCCCUUAAUUUUACCCUCAGCAACAUGGAACUUCAACAAUUUCCAAAUCAGUAUUGCAUUGGGAAAAUUAUUUAUGGCAGUAUCUGUAGGUUUUAAACUGCAGAUGCGGAUCGACAGGCGUCGGCAGAAUACCUAGGUAAGUCAGUCAGCCACACCAUAUUGGAGUAACUUUCACUGAAGAAAAAACUCGUCUUGCAGUUUCUUGUUGUGAUGGGUUUAGUGAAAUCAGUCUUUCCCUUUUCAAAUACAUUUAAUAAAGUUAACUUUCUUAGAGGCAGGGGGGAAGGUUGUAAUAUAAUGUUUUGUGCUCUGUUGCUUUACUUGAUGCAGCCUACUGUUGAUAUCUUUUUAAGAUAAAAAAGAAUUUAUGGUA